AUGGACGAAGACAACGCGAAUGAGAUCUUCAAAGCGUUUACGAAGCAGAACGUCGAGUACGACCUCUCCGGCACUGCUACCGUAUGCUACAAGACGAAAUCAUAUUCUGCGAGAGUAAGUGUCCGUUCCAAUAAAUCAAAGAGUCUUUUACGUCUUCCUCAGGUCCUUCUCCAUGGCAACGUUCUUUGCGUCGAAGAGUGCAGCGGCGCAGAAGCGGUCACCGCCUGCGUACCUCUCAUAUUUCUGCUCGAAAGAGUCAUCAUCAAGAAAUUUGAAGACAACGUGAGUUCAGUUCAUUCAGUUCUGAGCUCAGAUCUGUUUUAUAGCAAGAAAGUGGCCAAUUCUCGUUCGUUCUCACAUUCAGCGACGCGUCCGAAAACUUGGAAAUCACGGUGGAAAGUGAAGAGAUCAGGGAACAGUGGAUGAUAAAAGUAGUUUCUCUUUCCCCACUUUUUCAAAUUUUUCUAGUUUUACAGCUUGCCACGUGUUCUCAUCAGAUGGCUCGAGCAGAAUUAGACGAACUCGCCUACAAAUUUUACACGAUGUCGCCUUCCGCUUCUGGAGAGUUAGACGGUGUCAUCGAUACGAAGACGUCCGCUUUCCAGAACUUCUACCUCACUGCUCCUCUCAGAAUAUCUCACAAUUUUGCCAUUUCGCAACAGAACAACCUGCCGGCAAGGCGUGUGAUAGUCGAGGAAUGCAUGUGCGAGACAAAACUAUCUUUAAUUAUCCCGAAGGAGAUUAUCAAAUUAAACAAAAAGAAAAUAACUGAGUAAGUGUUUCCAACAUGUUUUUAUCAGGAAUAUUGUGAUAAAUUGCAGGUUUUCUGCACUUUUGGAAAGUCGUCUAAAAGUGUGGCCACAUUCAACCAUAGGAGGACUGCACGAAGUGAUGAGACAGCUGAGAGAAAUGUCAGAAACUUACGAGCAAUGCUUUGAAUUCGUCGACGUUUAUUCCGGGCCAAGUUUCCGGAAGUCGACAGAAAAGCAUCGAGUGGCAUUCGGACUCGUUCCCACAAAUCUUCAUGUUCAUUCGUGAGUCUUUUAGCAAGAAAUGUGAAGGUAAUGACGCUCUUGUCCUGUUCAGAUAUGAAAUCAACGCGAGUGACAAAAGAGACUUUAUCACGGCAGGGACCGCAUCUGCUAUUCCUUAUCGUUAUAAUGUAACUCUUUUGUCUUUUUUGCUCAAACGUUCAGUUUAUUACAGAACGGUGGUCUCGUGAAAUUGUACUCGCUUCUGGACAUUGAGUCAUACAACUACGACUACACAUUCUGGAACAAGCGACAAACACUUUUGGAUUUGAAGAAAACAAUCGGUGAACUGAGUCACAAGAUUGAAAAGGAAUGGAAGAUUGCAAAGUUCGGGAGUCCUGACAAGAUCUGUCUGCAAGUGCACGCAGGGAUAAAGCAGGUGUACGAGGGCCUGAAGGACGUCCUGUCCAGUCUUCCUGAUAUUGAAAGGUGCUCUGAUAUUCUGCUGGAAGAAGAAAAACGACGGGAGGCGGCAGGGUUGAAGAUGCCAGACACACGAGUUUACGAUAAUAUCCAAAACCAAAUAGACAGGAUCGAUGCGAUGAGUGUCAGUCUGAACACGAAGAUCGCUGUCAUUGACACUCUGAACGAAGCUCCGCAUGAACGAGAAGCGUGCGAGAAGAACACCCGACAGGCGAUAUCCACGUGUCUCGACAUUCUUCUCUCACUCGCCGAUUCCAUACUCGAAUCGCAAUUGUUCUCUCUCGUCAAGUCGCUUCAGAAGAGCUCUGUUGCCCACGCUUACUUCCACAUUAUGAUCCGAACUGACUUCGUUCUCUCGCAAGCUAUCACAAUAGCCACAACAGCCAUUCUGAACAGAAUCCAAAAGAGAAAUUUACCAUUUGUAGAAGGUUGGCAACUUAUUCAUUUCUCAUUUACUCUUACUUCUUUCAGAUUUUCUCCUUGUAAUAUUCUCAUUCCUCUCGGCAUAUGGAGACGAAAGAGGGAUGAUAGAGGAUGCGAUCGAAGCAUGGAAAUGUCUGGAACAACGAGUUCGUUUCCGUCUCGUCCGUGCUCCUUCCGCAGUCUGUCGAACAUGCAUUCCAAUGGUGCAGGGAUCCAGAAGCAGUUUGAAAGUGUCGAUUCCUCUUCCACACAACUACUUUGACGCUCUUCCGGAUGACACAAGAUGGACUUCUGAAUUCAGAGUGGUCACUGCUUAUUUCAACAUUGGAGUGAACCAUGAAGCAACUUUCGGCCAGUCUUUCGGCGGAAUUACCAUCGAGAGUCAAGUGAAUCAGGAAGCUGCUGAUAAGCUGAAUAUGUUCGCAAACCGGAACGAGGCGAAUCAACGAGCAAGAGAAGCCGUAAUGGAAGUGGUGAACGAGGUGACAAGCGAGCCGUCCCGAAAGAACAUCGCCAUGUUCGAAUGGGCAAUGAUGGCUAGCGAGCAGCUCGGCGGAGAGUCAGUUAUUUGUUGCAAGGUGCACACACUUCUUCAGAAGGCACUAUUAAACUUCAACAUUUCAGAGCGGGAAAGACCGAACUGGAAUGGCAUCGACUCUGGAGCAAGGAAGAGUGCUUCGUGAGACAUGCGGGUUCAACCCUACACAGGUCUGCCACGUCAACAAUCUUUCCACUAUAAAAAUUUUACUUUUUUCAGAUAUCGGAGGUUGUCAGUUCCCUCCGGAAAGACGGAGUUCGUCGCGAGAACUGCCGGAAGAAUGUGGGAAAGCCGGUCUACUCGUUCAGUCCGUUCCAAAUGCACUUUCUUCCCAAAGCGCUUCGUCCUCCGUCUGGAACCUACUCGCAAGGCGUUGCCAGCUAA